AACGAAAUACAGAUGAAAUACCCUACGGAUCUUUCUAGAGAAGAAGAAGAAGAUCCAAGUUAUGUAUCAAGUGAAGAGCUGGUCUUGCUACGAACAAAGAGGCAAACAAUAGAAGCUCUACAAUCUUCCUGCAAAGCUGUAGAAAAAUUUUGGCAAGUAUGGCAGACUCAUUACUUAACAUCAUUACGAGAAAAGCAUCGGAGAGACAUAGAACAAAAACGUGGAUCCUCAUACGAACCACGAAAUGGGGACUUGGUACUGAUCGCAGACCCAGUGCAACCACGUCAAGCCUGGAAACUUGGACGAAUCAUCGAACUGGUCAAAAACCAGUGUGGGGUCAUAAGGGAGGCAGGUGUCAUGCUACCCUCACACCAUAAAAUUCGCAGGCCAGUCAACCUUCUCGUACCACUGGAACUAGAAGAGUACCAGUCCGAAAACACAAAGGAAGCAGAUGCGGGUGGUAGUGAAAUCACACCUACUACGAAGGAAACAACCAUGCAUCCGUACAACCUUCGUCCAAAUCGUAAGAAAAACUAUGCCGAGAACAUCUUGAACACAUCAGUACUACUUGUCACCAUGUUGGGACUGCUAUUCACAAAUGACGGAGUGAGGGGACAAAAGGUACCAGACCAAGUAACAAAGAUCACCAGAUUUAUAAAAUGCAUUCCGGGUGGGGUACAACUCAUUUCCGAGGUACAAGUGCCUUAUCAAGUAUGCGCUGUGGACUUUUGCAAGACAUUUGACUCGCCACAAUACAACGAAACAGUAAAGUUCCCACCUAGUAUAGUGCUGCAUGAGCACAAGGUCCAAUGGAAACUCAGCAUCAAUAACGCCAUAGACAUAAUGGAAGCAAUGUGCCCAUCAGCACCAUUUUGUGAAUCAGUAGAUUGUCUUUUCUGUGCCCCACUCAUCUUCAAUCCUGAAUGCUGGCCGGUUGGAGCGAUAAUAGCGCUUACG